AUGUUCAACCUCCGCUGCUCCCACAAGGAAGCCGGCCUCGAGGACACGUCGCUGACCUUCCUCGUCGACGUGACGGACUCGACACUGUUCGACCAGGUGAAUUCCGACUUUCACCAGAACCUCCCCGUGUUCUUCGAACGCACCGGCUUGGACAACAUCCAGCCGGGACAGAGGCUCACCCUGAAAAUGUCUCCGAUCACCUGCUCCGGGGUCUUUUCCAUGAAACAGGCCUCCAUCGCCCUGCCGGUGAGGGACAUGUCCAAAAGGGAGGCGGCGCUGUUACGCAACCCGGAACCGUUGAUGGCCUUGAUCCGCUCCGAAUUGGACGACUACGCCAGAAUGGCGGCUGAAGACCAACAGGCUUCCCCGAUCCUGGAUGUGUUGCUGAAAUCCUUCCGGGAAAUGUCACCCUCCUCCCGGGAGUUGUUGGUCGUGUUCACGGACGGCUACGAGCACAGCAACUACCUGAACAUGUAUAAGGCGAGGACGAUCCCGACUUCCGAGAUGGACGUGGCCAGGAUAUUGGAGAAGGCGGACCAGAUCCUGCUGCAAGACGCCAGGUCCGUGGUCAAGAACGUCAACCCGGCCGUGGUCUUCGUGCUGAAGGAAACCUCGAAAGAGAACUCCUUCAAACGGGCGGAUUUGAAGAUGUUUUAUACGGAACUCCUCAGGCAAUUAGGGGUAACCGAC